CACGUCUGCCUGAAAACAUCAGUGAUGUUGGAGCACCACCAUUUACCGCCAUGGGCUCAUUAAAACCACCUCACAUCCGCGUCUAUUGCUGAUCGCAGAAACCAUCAUACUCCCUAUCACAGUAACCAUCCUACCCCCAAUCCCAAUUACAGGAGCCAUCCAUGGAUUCCCCAUCCCUCGUCCGAGAAAUGCCCCUCGAGGUCUUCCUCCAAGUCUCAUCCUACCUCACCACCCCCGACCUCUGCGCGCUGCGCCGCACCUGCAAACGCACCGAAGCCUGGCUCUUCGACACCUUCUCCCUCGAGUUCUUCACCCGGAAGCAGUUCAUGCUCACCGAGACAAGCCUGCAGGCCUUAAUCGACAUAUCGAACCACCCCACCCUAUCCCAGUGCCUCCGUCACGUUAUCAUCGGCCUAGACAACUACGACUACAGCGGCCGCCCCCUCCCCCAUUUCAGCCAAGACGCCCAUGCAAACCGCUACCGCGCCGGCCUCGCCGAUCAGUUUACCCUGCUGAGCACCGGCCAGGACCGGGACAUGCUAGCCUGCGCCUUCAGGAAUCUGCCUAACCUCCAGACCGUAGGCUUGCGCGACUACAGCUCGGGCGGCCGCAUCCGCGAUAGUGGACAGUGGCAUAGCUACGGCGCGACCACUAUCUUUGAGGAGACGGGCGUCCGCUUGGCGGGCGGGUACAGGCAGGGCGCCAUCGAUACGGACCUACGCUAUGCCUCUCGCGCGUUCUCGUCCGUGCUCUAUGCACUCGGGCAGUCCGGUGCCAGGCCGGCAGCCUUCGAGGUGCUGUUGAAGAAACGCGGCUUUGGGCUGCGGGAUUACGCAUUUAACAUCCCCAAUUUCCUCGAGCCUUCGGUCGUGCCUGUGCUAGCCUCUCUCAAGACUCUGCUACUGGGCGUCAGUCUAGCGAAUGAGAGUAUAUUCGACACCCCAGGGGCGAACAACUCUCCAGACCUAGAGAGUCGUGAUUUCCGCUUCAGACAGUUCUUCCAUCACACGCCCAACCUCACUCACCUCCGCCUUAACUUCCAGAACGUAGAGACCUCGAACGACGAAGACUUCCUGGUCUGGCUGAGCCGUCCCGCGCUGCACCCCGCCUCACCAGCCCCCAUCGUGCUCUCCCAGCUCCGACGUCUGGACAUCGGGAUGCUCUCCGUAGCGCCGCACGUGCUGCUCGAUGUCAUCCGCAAGUUCCAGCCGAUGCUGCGGGAGCUCAGUCUGUGGAAGAUCACGCUCAAGUCUACGGACCAGGACCGGCGGCGCGGGAAGAGGGUUAAUGUGUGGGCCAAGUUCUUCGCGAAGCUGUCGGACCUGGAUCAUCUCUCUGUGGGCUGUCUUUCGCAGCUGUCGCAGCAGGAGCAGCAGCAGGUCGGGUUUAGGCCUGUCGAUAGCCAGGAGGACGCAUGGGGGAUUUCAAGGGACUACUCGAGGGACGACAUGUUGGACUUUCCGUAUAAUCUGGUGCGAGAUGUGCUUCUUGAGUGGCCAGAAGGUGGCGACGGUGAGGAUGAAUCCAUGUCGGAUGAUACCAGUGAUGAUUAUGACAACGAUACUGACAUGGAUGAUGACGAAUGAAAAACAAUUCUCUUGAAGACUAUGAUGUUUGGGAGCCAUUUGCAUUGAAACCCCCAGUGAUGGGCUAGCUAGUAGACUAGUAAGAGUGCGCGCAUGGUAUAUUCAUUAUGUUGCUGAACCUCGCGAACAAAGUUAAGGACAACCUCCAGAAUUAGCUUAGAGCAAGGAUUUGGAGCAGAGCAACAUUAUAAUGUUGGAGCUACUGAUAGUUUAGAAUAAAGUUGGGCGUUUCGCCUCCCCCGACUCCCCAUUCAACAAAUAUUCCCACCAAAGUUCUCCUCUUGGAAUCUUGCUUUGGAACAGAGCAACACUGCAAUGUUGGGGUUACAGAUUAGAAUAAGCUCGGGUGUUUCGCCUUCCCCAACUCCUCAUUCGAUUUCCACUAAUAUUCUCCUCUUCACAUCUUGAUUUGGAACAGAUAUCGAAGUCGAACCUGGGCAACAUCAUAGCAGAUAUACUCGUUGUAAUAAAGGCAGCCACUUUGGGAAUCAACAUCAGUAGGUGCCGGCUCGACCGUCGUAUCAGGCUGCAGAGGGCCAGGAGUUAGUCUGAAGAGUAACCAAAAAAGACGGAGAAAGGAAAAAAAAACGGUUGACAGUCACUUCUACACAUGCCGACCUCAUUCGGCCCGGAGCGCGUAUGAGGAGCCGAAGAAGUCUGAUAGCAGGAUGAACUCGCUCCGGAAGUCGUCACUGAUGAGCCUCCACAGCCACCAAAUCAACAGUAUUUUCCGCAGCCAUCACCCCCACAGACCGAGCUUGAUUCGCGCCCUAUUAAUCCAAUAUAUUCUCAACAACCCUACGUACCUGGCCAGCAGCCUCCACAGCUGAGAAAUGGCUUGACGGUAUAUGAGGCUCCUUAAUGCUACGAGUAGAUGGGCGACUAUUUGUUUUACGGGGUUUGGGCUAUAUACCAAUGUACGAUUAAAUAUGAAUGAGGUAUCGCGACCUUUUUUUAGUUGUCAC